AAUUUGUCAAAAGCUGUUGUUAGCUUCAAGUUUAUAUGUUACUCUUGGUCAGUUCAUUCAAACAUUUGCUUACAAUCAAUUAAAAGCCCAAAAAAAAAAAAAGUCUGGGAGCUUAUGAAAUCUUAAUCAAUUCCAUUGGAUAAUUUACGUUUCAUAUUUAUAUGAUUGAAUCUGUGUUGAUAUGAAUGUUCAGCUAAUGAGACAUUAGAACAUACAAUAUUUCCUGUCCAGUCUCUUUUGAGCAAAUUGGGAGUCCCUAAGUAAUCUUUUAUUUUAUGAAGGUAUGGGCUUGGAAGGCAACAUGCAAACACAAAUUUGUCUGGAAGACAGUGAGGAGGAUUAGGGUUCAAGGUGGAAAUGUGUAGUGGAAGACCAGAAUUCUAGAUUUGAUUUACAAUAUUAAAGCCUAAGCAAAUCCAUGAGAUCGAGGACUUCCUUCUCGCUGCCAGAAGGAAGGAUGCACGCUCUGUGAAGAUUGAGAGAAGCAAGUAUGCGGUGAAGUUCAAGGUCCGCUGCCCCGGGUACCUCUUCACACUCUGUUUCUUUAUUUCCUUCUCACUGCCAGAAGGAAGGGUGCACGCUCUGUGAAGAUUAAGAGGAGCAAGGAUGUGGUGAAGUUCAAGGUCUGCUGCUCGAAGUCCCUCUACACACUGUGUCUUUGAUUCUGAGAACGCUGACAAAUUGAAGCAGUCUCUUCCUCUAGGAACCCCUUUUUAUAUGCAUUAUGAUUAACAUGACAUUUGCGACUGGGAUAUGCAGCCACAAUUGGAAAGUUACGCGUGUAGCAUAAACAGUCUUUGGCUUGUAAUAAUUAUCAUCAUAAGCAUGAUCUUGGCCAAAUAAUCUUUUAUUUUAAUAUCCUGUUUGAUAUAUCAUCAGAAGACUUAUGUUAAUAAUGAUCACAUUCAUUGCUUGUUUGCAAGCGUGCAAGAUCUGUGAAAGUCUCCCCAUUUUAAAGCUCUUCAAGGGGUUGUCAAGUGCUAAAAGCUUCACCAAACUCGUGUCAUUUUGCAACAAUUCAGAACCCCCGUAACAUAUUUGUGUUUCAAUGGUGUUAGGAUUAUAUUGUUUUUCUGAUAUUGGGUGCUUCGGAGAAAACAUGAUUUGCAAUUGCUUAAAAACUAAACACUUCAUUCAAUGGUUAAAAAGUCAUUCAGAUAUCUCUAGGUUGGAUUCUGUUAUGGCAUUAGUUCUGUUGUGAUUAUUAACUCGGUUUAAAAAAUAGAAAAUAAAAGUCCCUUUUAAUC